AUGGAAACAGAAAUAUUUGCAGCAGCAGAGAUCUGUCCAAUUGACGUUUCUAAGCUGCAAGUUGUGAAAACAAGUGACCAUGGGUUACUUAUACCUCCUGAGAAAUUGGUAUUUGGGAGGAAUUUCACAGACCAUAUGCUGUCCGUCGAGUGGACAAAAGAAGAUGGGUGGCAUGCGCCACGUAUACUUCCAUACCAGAACUUGUCUCUUGAUCCGGCGACAUGCGUCUUUCAUUAUGCUUUCGAGUGCUUUGAGGGAAUGAAAGCAUAUAAAGUUAAGAUGGAUGAGUGUUUUAUUCCAGGAGAGAGAGGAUACUCACUAUACCUGCGGCCUACAUUAAUUGGCACGCAGACUACGCUUGGCAUCAGUCCGCCUGAGUCAGCUAUGCUCUUUGUCAUUGCCUCUCCAGUUGGACCUUAUUAUCCCACUGGCUUCAAGGCUAUUUCUUUGGAGGCUACAAACUAUGCCGUAAGGGCGUGGCCUGGAGGUGUUGGAGAUAAGAAACUGGGAGCUAAUUACGCGCCUUGUGUCCUUCCCCAGAAAGAGGCUGCUAGCCGCGGGCAUCAGCAAAACCUUUGGCUAUUUGGCGAAGAAGAGUUUGUGACUGAAGUGGGCACAAUGAACAUGUUUGUAGCAAUCCGGACAAAGGAUGGACAGAAAGAACUCAUUACUGCCCCUUUGGACGGCACUAUUUUGGAGGGGAUAACUCGUGACAGCAUUUUAACUCUGGCUCGUGAAAGGCUAGCCCCGGAAGGGUGGGUGGUGUCUGAACGGAAGUACACUAUGACGGAAAUUGAUCAAGCUGCACGAGAAGGAAGAUUGAUCGAAGCUUUUGGCGCGGGUACGGCUGCAAUCGUUAGUCCUGUUCGGACUAUAUAUUGGAGAGGAAAGGGGUUAAACUGCGGAUUAGACCAAAAUGAAGAAGCUGGAGAGAUUACAGUGAAGAUGAAAGAGUGGAUGGAGGCAAUUCAGUAUGGGGAUGAAUCUCACGAAUGGAGUUAUAUUAUCGAUUAG